AUGAAAGGGAAUGACGACCGGUUGGGCGAGGAGCUGCUCAAGCUGAAUACCCAGUUAAUUCAAAUAUAUGAACAAGACACCAACAUCACCGAAGGAGUCAAGCGCGUUCGUGGCCAGUACAUCGACUUCAUGACGGGAGUGGGCGUGGCAUAUGGCCCAAAUGAGUUGAUAUCUGGAGAGGCAGACACAUCGGUGGCAAAUAAUAUUAGGAUUAGUAUGCUCCUGGCAUCAUAUCCUGCCGUGGGUUAG